GCUUCUGUUCUAAAUUUCGCCAGAAAUGACUUCACGCGAUCUUUACACAGUCAUUUGAUUUGGUCAUGAUAGUACGCAGGUGGAAUUAGGCCUAGGCCCGGCCGUGUAUACAACUUUCUUUUUUACUCACAAAAGUCUCAGGAAAGAAGUAAACUGUAAAGCUUUAAUGGACUCACGAAAAUAAGAAUUUUUUUUAACGCCUGACGAUGUUGAGGACGCUGAUACUUGUGCUCACAAUGUGGGCUUGUCCAUGUUUCAUGGAAGAGACGGAGGAUAACAAAGUGAACGAUACAUUUACUAUUGAGGGCAAAGUGUUGGUGACUGGCGUAAAGGCAGCCGAGUGGUUACCACACACGCGAAUUCUAGUGGACGGUGGACAAUAUGUCGGUUUCCUGAGAGCUGACGGGGCUUUCAAAGUGACUGGUGUCCCUUCAGGGUCCUACGUAGUGGAAGUUGCCAAUCCCACCUACGUCUUUGAGCCGGCUCGGGUGGACAUCACCGCCAAGGGUAAGAUGCGAGCGCGCAAAGUCAACCACAUCCAGAGCAACGCCGUGGUCACCCUACCGUACCCACUGCGCUUUAAGUCUAAACAGCACGCUAUGUACUUUCAGAAGCGAGAGGAGUUUAGGAUAACAGACAUGCUGAAAAAUCCCAUGGUUCUGAUGAUGAUUCUACCACUCAUCUUCAUUGUAGUCCUGCCCAAACUCAUCAACACUCAAGACCCAGAGAUCCAAAAGGAGAUGCAGAAUAUGAACCUGAUGAAUCCCAAAACAGAGAUGCCAGACUUGUCCGAGAUGAUGGCCAAGAUGUUUGGAGGAGGUUCCUCUCAGCCCAAGAAGAAAGAGAAGACGGCCAAGAUAAAGAAGAUCAAAUAGCUGAAAUAAAACCUGCAGGCAUUGGAAAUGGAUGUGGUCACUGGUGGUAUGUGGGACAUGGUGUUGAGGCGAGUGGUAUAAGCCAUGGUGUUAUCAAUUAUGGUUCUUUCCGUAUGGUAUUUCAAACCAUAAGGUAUUAGACCACCAUGCCAAAAUUAAUCGAGGUUUUCAAAUACCACUGCAUUAUAUCUAAGCACUGACUCAAAUUUGUCAUUAGAAAGCUUUUUUAAUUUUUGAAAAUCCGAAAAUUUGGAAUUGUCAUUUGUAGAAAGAAACUGCAGUUUGAUUGCCCCUUUUUCAGACUACAGUGAACACUGCCCAUGACUUAGAUCAAAGAUAUGCACAUGUUUUGAGCAUUAGUGGUGAUGUGGACGGUGGUGGACAAAGAAUUUUUCCGUAUUCCCACUCUGACUUCCCAUUAUGUUCCUUGAACCCAAGAGGGCAGAGACCAUGGGGAUUGUCCAGAGCUGUUUACAGAGAGUUGUGACAUGCGUGUUUCAAUUGUUGGGACCAAAAGGAUGGAUUAUGUGUGGGCGGACGUGGCUAAUUAG